AUGGAGGAGCCUACCCAAGUGCAGGAGGCAUCCGAGGAACAGGCCACAGAGUGGCAACCGGUGAGUGAAGGAAGUCCUGUCAGUGGUGCGAGUCGCGAAGAUACCGCAACUGAGCUCAUUGACUUUGAUAAUCUGGAAGAAGGCCUCUCGCCGAAAGACAAGAUCGGCGCGGACACGAUGUCAGACCUACUGGAGCUGUCACAGACCGAGGUGGUAGUCUUGAACAAGUCCUGGGAAAUGUUCAUGGUGGCCCUUGGCGGUGAGCGAGAGACGGUGGGCGAUGCCAUCUUCGGGGCCUUGAGCGACCGCUUGGUCUGUAUCAAGGAAGCGUUCAAGGGCCGACCAAGGGCGAUCAUCUCAUUGAACUUGUUCAAUGGCUUCCGCCUUCUUUGCAACAAAGCCGGAGACGCCGAGGACUUGAGGAAGCAAGUGGAGACUUUGGCAUUCAAGCAUUUGGGCAACGAGAUCAACCAGCAACGAGUGGACGGUGUCACUGAGUCCUUCCUGGAGCUAGUGCAACAGAACGUACCGAACUUGCCCCCGGGUGCUGUGAAUGUGUGGCAGAAGAUGCUCACCUACACCGGCUCUUGCUGCAGGUACAUCAGUGCAACCUACACUGAGAGGCUGAAGAUCAUCCAGGAAGACUGGGCAGUCAUUCAGACCGCUCAGGAGGCGGAUGCCAAGGAGCACGAGGACGGAGAAAAGAACGUGGAUCGCAGCUUCGGCGGGAUGUGCGCCUUUAGCAACGAGGUCAUCGGCCAGGAGACUGAAGGCUGGAUGUUGGAGCUGCUCCAGGUCUUUGGGGUCUUGGUGGAACGGAUCGGAAACCCUUCACACUUGCUGGAGGAGUGCGAGCUGCUUGCCAUCAGCAUGAUCAACAAGAAUAAGGACAUUGACUUUGACCGGUUCAAACCCGUGAUGUUAGCGGCCCUCCGCUCACUGCUUCCCAAGACUUGGAGCACUAUGCAUGAAACUGCCUGGGAGUGGCUGUGGACCACCAUUGCCCACAACCUCGGCGAGUCCACCAGCAAGGUGAAGGCCUUCAAGACCUACAACGUUCAGCUCUUCUCUGCCUUGAAGGAAGAGCAGCUGGAUGUUUUCCGCAACGAUCUCUACACCGACUUCUUUGCGAAGUGUGCUGCAAGUCAGGAUAUUUUCAAGCAGUCGCAGACCCGGCUGCACUACAUCGCCGACCGCGUGCUGCAGUCGUCCUAUGAGAUGUUCCACACGCCCAAGAAUGAAAUGGUGGACGAACUUUCUGCGCUGGGUUUGCGACAUGUAGGUUAUGGCGUUCCCAUCGAGCUCUUUGCGCCCUUCACCGACUCCUGCGUCACCGUGGUAAAGGAUGUGGUCUCCAAAAUGCCCAAGAGCGAGUCCACGAAGAUUGUGACGAACGCGCCGGGGCUUCUGCAGGGUGUGGCUGAACGUGAUGUGCCCGAGCACAUGAUGGUGGAGGGCUUCCGGUGGUCAAUCGGCUUAGUGGCUCGGCUGUUGAUGCGGAUCAUCACCGAGGGAUCGACGGCCGUGAUGCAGGCCAUCUACCAAGACAGUGCCAAACUCCUGCGACACGCCUUGAUGGAAGCUCCUCGAGGGACUCGAAACUCCUUGCAGCUGAAUGUCCGGGUGGGCAGCCAAUCAAUCUCACCAUUGUAUUGGGCACUGAGGAGCGGUUGCCACACCGCAGCGAGGACGAUGAUCCAAGAUGUGCUCACCAUCCGCGCCGAUCGGGAUCGGUAUUACUAUGGCGUGAAUGACAUGUUCAGGUUCCAGCCGGACAUUGCAGCAAACAUCCUACAAGAAGCACCCAAGCUGGUGAACGUCUUUUUGGAUGGGCUCAUUUGGCGCUCGCACAAGACCAAGGACGGCCUGCGUCCCGUGGUGUACUACAUGGAACAUUUGCUCCAAGACACCGACGAGGAGAUGAUGGUCUCACGAGCUUUGGUCAGUUUCGUGCACUUCCGAAACCCAAAGAUCAUUGUCCAUCCGAUCCUGAUCUUUGUGUCGGAUUUGCUUUGGGAGAAGCUGGUUCGGAGCUUUUUCAUGUACGACCAAGUCUUCAGGAUGAUCAAUUUCGUCAUCUUCCUGCUCUCUGGGUGCUUUCUGAACCAGAUCUCGGUCAUGGAGGACCCAGUGAAGUCCAAGUUUCUGGUGGCCGCACGGCUUUUGGUGUACACCAUGGGCUUUGGGAAGUUGCUCUACUCGCACAUCUUGGAGCUCUACACCUCAACCUGGCGCCAGGAGUGGAAGAUCAUUCUCGGGAUGCGGAUCCCCACUUAUCUCUUGAAGAGCCCAGAGAUGCUCAGCUUUGUGCUGAUGAUCAACAUGGCUUCUAUGAUCACCGUCGAGCCCAUGAUCCAUUGCUUCGGGGCCUCGCCGGACCUAUUUGCAUUCACCUGUGAAUCCUGGACCGAUCCCAUGAGUGUGGCUUACGAAUUCUUCCUGGUCGUCGGAAUUUUUCUGUAUGUCCUGUUGAUCUUCGGCAUUGGCAGUAGCAUCUCCAUCGAGAUCUCCGAGUACCGAGUCUUGUGUUUGAAGGCCGUGAAGCAGGUGAUGCUUUGCUUUGGUGUUGUCGUCUUGGCCAUCUUCACCUUCGCAUUCGCCAUCACUGCUAUGACUCGUGAGGAAUGGACGGACAUGGGAGCGACCAUGACCAAUUUGAUCCAACUGGCCGUGGGAAUGCUGGACUUGGACACUGGGCAGAAAUGGGCACAGGAAGAAGAAGGAACCACAGGCAGUUCUGUGGCGUCUAUGCUUCCCUGGCCCAAGACAGUGAAGGUCAUGCCAGGUCCGGUGGCCAAAGUGCGUAGGCGACCGGAUCGUCCGAAGCUCUUCUUCCCGGAAAACGGUGGACGGUCGUCCUUGGGGCCAUUUCUGUCGCCAUGGACAGAGAUGGCAUUCCACCUAGCUCUGCACAAGUUCUGGUCAGCUCAAAAUGCUCAGAACUUGGAGGCGAUCCAGCGGAGCCGCUGGAGGGCCUUCGUGGCCUCCUUGGUCCGUCUUUUGAUUGACAUGACAAUCCUUGGCUCUGAGGAAUUCCGAAUUCAUGGGCUAGGCGUCAAAGUCUUUGAGCCGGCGGGCGCCAAUCCCAAGACCCAGGAGAACGACUGUCGUCGUUCCUUCCACCGGAUCGUCGAAGCGGGCGCCUUGAGAACUUGGCGCAAGGCUGCGAAAGACCAGAUCAUCCGCUUCGGAGGGCACACGGAUCCCUCCUUGCCAUGGCCGGAUAAGGAGCAUGAUGCGGAUUCCGACAAUCAAGAUGCGAAUCUUGGACAAGGAAGAGCCCUGGACGGAGAACUCCACUUAUACAAUACCCGGAUUCAGAGAACCUUGGGGAAGUACUUCAAGGGGAAAGGCACCGACAGUGACUUCACGACCGGUUCCUUCCUUUGGACCGGUUGCGAAGACAUGUUCUGGAAGGAAGGAAAUUUGCGAAAGUUGAAACAGAAGCCACCGGCAGCACGCUUCCAAGCCCGUGUGAAUUUGAAAGCUGCUGGAAAAACCGGUGAUUACAAGAAGUCAGCGCAGAAAGAAUAUGGCUCUGCCUCUUCGACCUUCAGGAUAAGUGAAGCUUCACAUCUCCUCAAUGCAAGCUCAGUGACGGACUCCAUGAGGGUGGAUGCCUUGCAGUCCUUAAAAGAAUUCGAAGAUUUGGGAUUCAUCAAGGGGCACAAAGACUUGUGCCCGGAAUGCGAAGAGGGUUGUCUAUGUGAGCCAUUUUCGCGAUCAGAGCACGAUGCCUAUGAAGGAAAGCUCUAUGUGCGCUGCAAGAAACAGUGCAGGGCUCGCUUCAAUGUCUCUGACUUUUCUGUCUUCAAAGGGACCCGGCUGGCUUUGCGAGAUCUUCUGCGGCUGAUUCACGUCUAUGGUCGAGUGAACAAGUUUCGCUUCCCACUUGUCAGCGAUGCUCAAUCACAACUGCACCUGGGCCGCAAACAAAUCCAACAUGUGUUUGAUAGUCUUCGCUACACCGAAACUGUGGCCGGAAAAGCAUUUUGCUGCACCUCUCACAAACUCGCUGGAGCUGUCGAAGGUGAUGGUCAUGCUCUUCGCAAGGUUUAUGUGAGUCAUGGAAAUGCGACCUUUGCUUCUGAAGUUGCAGAGGCCACAGCCAGAUGGAAAAAGCAGAGCGGUUCCAAGCGACUUCCGAAGUACUGGUUGGGCCAUGUGCGCAUAGCUGCUCUCAAGAAGAGGAAUGGGCCAGUGGUUGUGGCUCCUUUGCCGAUGAAGUUGCUGCCGCCAGGCUCAGCCCCGGGAGUUGAGUCUUAUAGCGACUUGCAGAGCACCGAUCUGGAUAAGCAUCUAGGCAAUCGAUCUACACAGUUGCAUACAGAUGGUGCACGUGCGUGGCCACGCUGGGCCACAAACCAAGGCAAGAAGCAGUUGGCAAGUUUCCAUGUCAGUCACAACAAGCAUGAAUUUGCCAAGAAAGUCAAGUGCAGGAAGCGUCCAGGAUUUGUUGUCUCCGGCGCGCAAUGUGUCGACCGAUGGUGGCAAAGCUUGGAGAAAGCUGUGCCUAAGACACUCAAGGUGAAAGACCGCAAAGGGGGUGGCAUCUCCGAGCGCCUGAUGAACUACGUUUACGCUUUCGUUUGGCGCUCCAACUUAGAUGCCGAUGUAGACCUGACCAGAGCACUCGGGAGCCUCUGA